AUGACACCCAUCCAAAUGGUGGAGUUUGCUUGGGGACUUUCCAAUAGCAAUCAAGCCUUUCUUUGGAUAAUAAGGCCAGAUCUUGUCGUCGACGAAACAGCAGUUCUUCCCCCGGAGUUUGUGGUUGCGGCCAAGGAGGGAGGCUUGCUAGCAAGUUGGUGCCCACAAGAAAAAGUCCUGUCACACCCGUCGAUCGGAGGUUUUCUGACUCAUUGUGGGUGGAACUCCACUCUCGAAAGCAUUUCUAGUGAGAUGCCCAUGUUGUGUUGGCCAUUUUUUGGAGAUCAGCAAACUGAUUGUUGGUAUUGGUGUGGUAAAUGGGGUAUUGGCAUGGAGAUUCAGAAUGAUGUUAAGAGAUAUGAAGUUGAGACGGUAGUGAGAGAGUUGAUGGUUGGGGAAAAGAGGAAGGUGAUGAAGGAACAGGCGAUGGAGUGGAAGAAAUUGGCCGAUGAAGCUACUUCAAAAUCAUCUGGUUCGUCUAUCAUGAACCUUGAUAAAUUGGUCAAUCAAGUGCUUAUCUCUACGGCUUAA